GGAAUAGAGCGAUGUUGGUUUUUUUUUGCUAUUGAAAUUGUUAAGCAAGCCAAUAGCAAUAGAGCUUUUCAUUUUCUGCUUUUAAGUAUUUUUACAAACUAAAAAUGUUUUUCAUCUUUUUGGCGGUAUGGGUGGGCAAAGAGGAGUCAGUUUUUACUGAACAGCAGGCAAUUGGCAGGGUUGAUAUGGCAUCUGCCAGUGACCGCGAGGAUCAGACGGUGCCGGAUGGUGACGACGAGGAGAGUCGCAUCCAGGGGAUUCAGUCUCGUUACCUGCGCUGUUCGUCGCCCAGCCUCUCUAUGAUGUCAGAGUCCAGAUUUUCUGCCAUCUCGGGCUCAGAUGCCACCAGUAUUUUCAUGGAGCCCAUCCAUUUGUCAUCUGCCAUCGCCGCCAAGAAGAUCAUCAAUGAGGAAUUGCCACCUCGAGGUGUCCACGCUGAGUCCAUCCCUGAGUCCAUGCUUGAAACUGCAGAGCAGCUGAUGGUGGAGGACCUCUACAACAGAGUACGGGACAUGAUUGAUGACCGCAGCCCCUACAACACUCCCUGUGUGCUGGACAUCCAGAGGGCUAUGGUUCAGGAUCGCCUGGAGGCCCCCAGGAGGCCUGCAGAUGAAGUGUGGCCAAACAUCUUCAUCGCUGAGAAAUCUGUCGCCGUCAACAAGGCCCGGUUGAAGCGAAUGGGUGUCACACACAUCCUUAACGCCGCACAUGGCACAGGCGUCUACACUGGGGAGGCUUUCUAUACCGGGAUGGGUGUGCAUUACAUGGGUGUUGAGGUGGAUGACUUCCCUGACGUCGACAUCUCGCCACACUUUCGGCCCACCGCUGAGUUCUUGGACGAGGCUUUACUGACCCACAAAGGCAAAGUUGUGGUGGUUUCCAUGAUGGGCGUCAGUCGCCCAGCUGUCCUGGUGGCAUCCUACCUGAUGAUCUUCCAGCACAUGACCAUCAUGGAGGCACUGACAGCCAUGAGGAAAAAGCGGCCCAUCAACCCCAAUGAAGGUUUCCUUAAACAACUGCGACAGCUCAACGAGGAUCUCCUGGAGGAGCGGGAUGACGACGACACACUCAGCCAGUGUUCCGUUAUCGACGCACGCACACGUGCUCGUAUCUUUGGCGAGGGCAGUGAAGAUAAUGACACAGAUCAGGAGGAAGCGCAAAGCAUGAUGGAGGUGCAAGCAAAUUCUAUCAUGAUGGAGGAAGAGGAGGACGGCACAAGUGUGAUGAGCAGCAUCGCCUCCUCUGCAGUUGCUGAGGAGCUCUGGAGUGGAUCCAUCAGACCGCAUGAAGCCCAACCUUCAUGUGGUGUUCAAGAGAAAUCUAUCCUCACUGAUCAGGUGGGAAUCAGGGAAGGUGACGAGGAUGAAGAUGGUCUGGAUAAAAUGAUCCAUGAGUGGCAGCGCAGGAAUGAGCAAUACCAAAGUGAUGAGUGGUGGGAGGCGCAGCUGAACAGCGAUGAGGAGGAUGGGGCACCUGGCACAUGCGCAGAUGCUGAUGUGGAGAGCGUCACCAGUGAAGAUGUGCGUGCCCUAAAGGAACGUUUGAAGCGUCGCAACAGACGGCCUCCGUCGGAUGCCACGUCCAACUCAAGCUGCACCAGUUACGCUGACCUAUGGAAGAAGCGACUGCAGGAGAUCGAGGAAGAGGCCUCUGCACGGUAUCGAAAAAAGGACACUGGGGAAGGCGACGAGAGUGAUGUCACAAAACAACAAGCGAGAAAGAAUAAGAUUGAUGACGAGGUGGAGAGCAUCCUGUCAGACACUACGUCCAUGUACAAUUUCUGUCAGAAGAACAAGGAGAAGAUGACACCCUUGGAGCGCUGGCGGGUCAAGAGGAUUCAUUUCGGAUGGAACAAGAAAGAUCGUGAGGACGGAGAGAAAAGUUCUGCUGGUGAUAAUGAGAAAAGUAAUGGUGUCGAAGCAACGACUCCGUCCUUCGAAGACGUCAACCUGACAGAAUAUCAGGCUUGGAAACGGAGGCAGCAGAGGCGACUUGGCGAGGAAAAUAUGGAAGAGAUUCUGGAGCUGAGUCGAGGUGAGGACUCUACAGCCAUCAAACGGAGGCAGAGGCGAGAGGAAAUCCUGGAGCGUUCCAAAAAAACUUUAGAAGAGAGUCAGUCCAUGUGCGGCUGGGAGAACGACAGCUGUGUAAGUGGAGCUACGAUACCCCUCUCCACCUUCUGGGCUGGAGCUGGAGUCACCGGACCACCCACUGUAAUCAAUGACGACAUGUCCAUGAUCAGCGGACAAUCGUCUGUCCGAUCAUCUGCGUCACAGGCCUGUAGUACAAGAUCAACACACUCUAGUCUAAAGCCUCCUCCAAUCCUAUCUGUUCCGACCGUCCAGGGUGCCUCGGGAGAACCAAUGGUAAACCUGGCCAGUAUCCAGAAUUGGAUCGCCAAUGUGGUCACUGAAACCAUUAAACAGAAGCAGAGCGAGAUGAGCCUCCCUCACCCAUCACUUGCAGGAUCAGAGCUGAGCUUUGGUGCCGCAACAAGUAUGAUUUCAGGCCGUGGUGGUGAUGACGAUAAAACAUCCGUGUUGAGUGGACGGGCCUACUCCAGUAGCAUGUCACAGGGUCGUGACCGGCCAGCGUCUGUCCUCUCGGCCAGUGGCUACAGUGGUGUCAGUGCACGAGACUCUGUGCUCGAUGGCAAGAAAAACAAAAUCACCACCACCAGUGUCCCUCUGUUCAGCCUCUUCCAAGACCAGGUCAACCUGGGCAAAUUGGAUGCCAUUGACAAGGAGAUCAAGUCUGAAAUGAGAGGCAAGAUGGCGACCUAUGAGAAGAAGAAAAUCCUGGAGGACAACAAGCGUAGCACUUUGUACAAGAAAAAGAAACCAAAGGAGGAUGAAGAUGAAACGGAGGAGAAAAGGAAGGAGGAGGAAUUCCUUGAAGAGACAAAGAAGAAAAAGCAGAAACCUGUGAAGACAUUUGGCCUCUCUGGACAUUUGAGUCUAAACCCGGCUCUUGAGAAUGACAAGAACACCAGUGUUGACGACUGGCUGAAAAGUGUCAGGCCUCCUCCAAGAAAAUCGGCCUCCGGUGCAGAAGAGGAUCCCGACGACCUCGAUGGCUCUGCCUCCCAGUUUGACUUCUCCAGCCACAGGGCCUCAUGUGCUGGCGAGGACUAUGACGAGACAUACGGUGGUACCUCCACAUACUUAACCCAGAUGCACAUGCAUCCAUCUGCUGAUGAUGUGGAAUAUUCCGGCAUCAACAAUUACCACAGUCAGGGCAGGCGGUCAUACAGCAAGGAUGAUGAGGCAAAUAACCUCAGCUCCAGGAGAAAAUUCACAAACCAUUCGCAAUACAAAAGCAACAACACAGUAGGGGCAGGACGGGAAGCGGAUGGUGACGAUGAGGAAGAGGACGUUGCGACCUUUAUCGCCCAAACUAGGCAGAGGAUCAGAGCUCGAGCGGCUGCCGAGGAGCCCAACGACGAGGUGCUCGCCGCCUGGAGGGCGCAGCAGGAAGCAAAGUGGCAUAGUAAAUCAUAGACAAAUUGAGCAAGAAACAAAUGAGUGCUGCCAUUGACUGGUGGGGGUUAAGCGCCAGUUACCUGUGACCCUAAUGAGGACAAGUGGUAUAGAAAAUAGAUGGAUGGACAAGUGGCCAUUUUUGAGUAAAGAAAAAUGCACACUUUAGUCUCUAAAUGCUCAAAUGCUGAUAAUUAAACUGUUUUAGAGUAUUUCUUUAUAUUAAAAGAAAACUACUGCUGUGCAAUAAAUAAAUUAUUUUAAAAAAAAUUCCAUAAUGGAUUGUUUUCAAAUGUAAUCUUCUGCAGAGGUGGGUAGAGUAGGCAAAUAUUGUACUCAAGUAAGAGUACUGUUACUUGACAAUAAUAUGAGCAAAGUAAAAGUAAAAAGCAGUCAUCCAAAUAAAUUACUUGAGUAAGAGUAAAAAGUACACAGUGAAAAAGUGUGUGUGUGUGCGCGUGUGGACAGUGUGAGAUUAACACUUACCCCAAGAGAUGCAUGUUUUACAGUUACUUGUGAUAAAAUAGGGGUAAUGUGGGCUAAUAGGCACACCCAAAACAACUGCAAUUUACCGCAAGAUGUUUUCUCAAGUUAUAAGUGGGCUGAAAUAUCCAUGUUUGGGCAGACAAAUACUACAAUACAUAAAAGCUGUUGUUUUUCUUCGUCUCAAUGGUAACAAUGACGUUCCAAACAUGAUCGCAACGUAAGCACAUCGAUUAGCCAGGCUGGCUUAUCUAGUGUUAAUACCUAUGCUCUGGAAGCCCAAUAGAAGACGUUGUGUGUAGUCACGUGAUGUUGUUGUGUCGUUUGAUUGGUGAACUAGACUUAAUCGUCACUUGCGCUUAAAUUGGAUUUGAGCAAACAGCGGAAGUCGAAGUAUAAACAGAUAGGUCGCGCACGAAAUAGUUGAUAAAUAAGCAAUAACUGACAAAUAAAAGUAGCGAGUGGCAUUUAGAUCACUGUAACGGAGCAAAAGUACCGCUUCUUCUUAACAUAAUUGAUCGAGUACAAGUAAAAAGUAUGCAGUAUUAAAACUACUUUGACAAGCACAACUCAUCUACAAUGCUACUUGAGUAAAUGUAACAUGUUACUACCCACCUCUGAUCUGCCAAGGGAAGCGCAGAGUGACUGGUUAAGGUUCUGGCUUUGAAUGGGGACCUUUCUGUGAGGAUGCCGUGCAUAUUCCAGCUGUCUCCCACAGUCUAAAACAUGUUAAAAUGUUUAAUUGAAGAGUCUGAAUUACCUGUAGGCAUGAAUGUGAGUGUGAAUGUUUGUCUGAACGUGUCGGUCCUAUGAUUGAUCAAUGAUCAAUCGAAGGUAUAAACCACAUCUCUUCAUAAGUCAGCUGGGAUGAGCUCCAACAGGUUCAGAAGUGUAGAAAAUGGAUGUACUGUAUCUUGCUGCGUUUUAAUGGGUCUAAGGUUCUAAAUAAAGAAUAAACACCUCAUAUGUAGCCUGAGUAUGAGCUCAAAUUUAGCACCACCAAGUGGACGACAGUAAUAGAACACUAAAGAGUUACUGAUUAUAUCCAUCAUUCAAAGACAGUCAAAUAUAUUCCUUUUGAGCUUGUCUCUCAAUUUAUGUGCAAACAGUUACAUUUGCAUUGUGACAAGCGGUAACAUAAUGCUCAUGCAUGUGAGACUUAAACCUCACAUUCCAAUUGGAGACUUAAAUGCCUUAAAGUAUUACAAAAUGUGCUCAAAUAUAUGAAGCUUGUGGCUGCAAACGUGGCCUUCAGGUCAGACCAUUGACUUGAUUGAUUUAAGACACAAAUGAGAGCAAAUGUGGAGGCAGGAAGCAGUAUGAUGCAGUGUGUGAGAGAACAAGAAUAAGCACAUUUACAAAGAACAAUCAGAAAAAUGUGAAAGGGGAACACAUGGACAGAAAAGAAAAUUAUUAGGAUGAAGACGAUUAUGGAUGAGGAGAGUGAAGAGGUUACAAAGCUAGUUGAAGAGAGUUGAAGAUUGUGGAAGGGAGAAGGAGCUAGGAUGAGGAUGAAAAAGAUGCAGAGAACAAAGACUCAUGAAGAAGAUGGUGUGGUGGAGGUAGACCAGAUCUCCCCAUGACAAAAAUCUGCUGACAAAGUGGGAAUCAAACAGCUCAUGAUUUCUUGGACGUCAAAUAAAAACUCAUUCACGGACAGUCCUCCAUGUUAACAUGGAUAUUUGUAAUUCAACAGCCGUCAAUGGCAAUGAAUAUUAAAAAAUGACUAGAAACAGGUUAAACUAUUUAAUGAAGCGAGUGUUAUUUUAGAGGACUAUUAGACACAGUAGAAGAAUAAUCCAUCAUAAUUAACAUAUUGUAUGUUUCAUAUUUUCUGGCUGUUUGUGGGUGAAUUAAAGCCAUUUAAAGGAGA